AUGUAUUGCGGUACCAUGAUGCAGAAUCUCAGCAAAGUGGGCUUCGACUUGCGUUGUUUCUCCAGUGGUCAUCGUGGUGACAUAUUUCGACGGAUCCCAUGCCCUAAAGGCCAGCUGUGUCGAGAGGAAGAUGAUCCAAGGGUGGUGGUGCCUAAAUGUCAGCUCACAAUGCAGAUCGAGGAACCAUCAACUGCAGAGUACUGGUACGUCGUUCUGAUCGCUUGUAAUCUCGAUAGCUCGUGCAAUUGGACACAAUCUAGCAGGGGCAUAGUGGUUGAGUAUGACAUCUGGUUGACGAAUGGACGACCGGGCUCCGCAGCAGCGAAUCCAUUAACGUGGCAGUUUUCCUUCGAUGAGCAGGAUACUCUCGAGCUUUACAUGGUUACUUUGGUCAUGUAUCUCAUACUUUCGAUGAUAAUGUCACGUGGAACGCAGCUGACCAAGCGCAGUGUUCCUCCUGCUAGGUUGAGGUAUGGCUUCACCAUUUUCUGUUCAUCUUUAGUAUUCAUUUUUUAA